UCUUCCAGCAGCAGCAGCACCGACCGGCUGACUGACUGCAGAGGAUGAGCUCAGCUGACCGUCUCUCUCUGGCUCUUAUUAUUAUGUCCUCGAACGAGGCGCCAACACCCAAACACAGACUCAGUCACAGACUCAGUGCGGCAAAACAGAGAGUCUCUCCUCAGCAGCCUCAGCAGCGGCUCUAAUGAACGAGUCUGCAGCAGCAAGAAACAUGAGUCACGAAUGAGGUCUGCAGGAUGUCGUUUAAGAAGGAAACACCCCUGGCUAAUGCUGUGUUUUGGGCAGCGAGGAAGGGGAACUUGGCUCUUCUUCAGCUGCUGCUCAACAGCGGACGCGUGGACGCCGACUGCAGAGACAGUUAUGGAACGACAGCGCUGAUGGUGGCGUCGUACAGCGGCCAUUAUGAGUGUGCCAAAGAACUCAUCAUGCAAGGAGCCGACAUCAACUACCAGAGAGAGACAGGUUCUACCGCCCUGUUCUUCGGCUCCCAGCAUGGACACGAUGACGUUGUGAAGCUCCUCUUUGAGUUUGGUGCCUCCACUGAAUUCCAGACAAAGGACGGUGGCACAGCUCUCACCGUCGCCUCUCAGUACGGACACUCCAAGGUGGUGGACACCCUGUUGAAGAAUGGAGCCAAUGUUCACGACCAGCUGCAUGACGGUGCCACCCCUCUGUUUCUCGCCGCCCAGGAGGGUCACGUGACUGUGAUUCGUCAGCUGUUGUCAUCCGGUGCUAAGGUUAACCAAGCAAGGGAGGAUGGUACCGCCGCCCUGUGGAUGGCAGCUCAGAUGGGUCACAAUGAGGUGGUGAGGGUGCUACUCCUCCGUGGUGCAGAUCGGGAUGCUGACAGAAAAGACGGAUCAACAGCGUUAUUCAAAGCAGCUUUUAAGGGACACAACAGCGUCAUCGAGGAACUUCUCAAGUUUUCUCCUUCAAUUGGUCUUCUCAAGAAUGGCUCUACUGCCCUUCAUGCUGCUGUUAUGGGUGGAAAUAUUCGAAGUGUUCUGCUGCUGCUCGGGGCCAACGCAGACCCGUCACUACCCAACAAGAGUAAUGAACUCCCUGCAGAUCUUACAAAGAGCGAUCGCAUCCUAAAGGUGUUACAUCCAAAGAUGUUAAAUGGAGACAGCUGAUGACGAACCCAGACUGCUGCCUCCAUGCCUGCCUGUAAAACACUCACUGGUGAUGUGUACUGAGGGGGGGGAUUUAACAACAAUACAGUGUCAAAUCUACUCAACUACAACAUGUACUGUACAUGGUGCUUGCUUUUGAUUGCGACUGAAAUUAAGCCAUUAAAUGUUGAAUAAACCUGGACUAAAUCUAAUGCAACACAACGUGCAACCAAAAUGUCUGCCAUGUGCAUCAUCUCCUUCACUCUGUUGUUCUACAGUAUAUAUGCAUUUAUUUUUGUUUACCCCAGGUGUUGUAAGAUUUCUAGAUAUUUUUUGCACACUUUUUAUUUGCCUUUUCAAUAAUAGAUGUAAUAAAGUGUAAAUUUGUUAUUCAACCAUAAA